AGGUUCCCGCGCAAACGAGCACCGACCUAACUGUCGCCGCCAAAAUAUCUGACGUACAUACGCAUAACCGUCGUCGGGCAAGGUAGACUUUCAUUCGCUGUUUGGUACUCCGAGGAGAAGCAUUAACCGUUGUUCGUGUUUAAGAAAACUUUUAAGAAAGUAUUAUAAAAGAUGUCAGGACGCGGCAAAGGUGGAAAGGCUAAGGGAAAGGCGAAGACCCGCAGUAGUAGGGCAGGGCUGCAGUUCCCUGUCGGAAGAAUCCAUCGUCUUUUAAGAAAAGGAAAUUAUGCGGAACGAGUAGGAGCUGGAGCGCCUGUUUAUUUGGCCGCUGUGAUGGAAUAUUUGGCGGCUGAAGUACUCGAGUUAGCCGGGAACGCCGCAAGAGACAACAAGAAGACAAGGAUAAUUCCACGUCACUUACAAUUAGCUAUUCGCAAUGACGAAGAAUUAAAUAAACUGCUCUCGGGUGUAACAAUCGCUCAAGGUGGUGUCCUGCCUAACAUUCAAGCGGUGCUUCUGCCGAAGAAAACCGGUACUGGUGGAUCUGGAAAGGGAGACAAAACAUCCCAGGAAUAUUAAUAAUCAUUAGAAUAACCUUUCUAACUUAACAGUACUUUAGGGCUAUAUCUUUGUUUCUUGAGCCAUUAAAGAAAAACAAAAUAAUCUCUGGACCCUAUCAGAUUACCAUCGCUUCAUCA